AUCUUCUGGAAGGCGCGUAUCUUCAAUGAUUUGAAAAGAACCAGGAAGCCUGAAUAUUUUGAUUUUAAAAAUUGUCCGACUUCAAAUACUCUUAUCAAUAUGAGCGAUGCAAUUGUCUUAUACUGUACUUCUGUAACCAGCAGCAUAGAAAUAAAAAAGGAACAACAAAGAAUUGAAAUGGUGCUAACAGGCAAGGGGAUUGCAUUUGAAAAAGUGGAUAUUUCAUUGGUUGAAGGUGCAAAGGAAAAGAUGAGAGAACUUGCUGGAGACAAGACAGCUCUCCCACCACAAUUGUGCAGAGGUGAUAAGUAUCUUGGGAAUUACAAACAAUUUGAUGAAGCUAUUGAGAAUGAAGAAUUAAAUAAGUUUCUGCAGAUUUAAACUCAGCAAAACCUCAACGGAUUGUCUACUGUCGCCAGUAUUAUAAGACUUUUGAACAAACUUGUUGGACAAUACAAAAAUACGUUUAUUUACAACCAUGGUAAUGGAAAUUUUACAUAUGCUUACAGAAUAUAGAUGCCUAAAGGCAUAAUAGUUAUCCACAUUAUUAUCUUCCGUGGACUGCAAUGAAUUAUUGAGGAAUCUUUGGUCAAGUAUCAAUUUAACCUCAAAUUUGUAAUUUCCACACAGUAAAUUAAUAAAAUGAUUCAAU